CCCCACCGAAACCCUAACCCGAUCUAGAGAAAGGCGCAGCCAGUGACGGGAAGCUCUCCGCGCCGCCACUGCACUGCACUGCACCACCGUUUCUUCCCCGCCGGUCGCCACUGCACCACCGAGACUACAUCGACCGUCGCUGCCUAGCGCAGAUCCACGAGAUGGCGGCCUCCGGAUCCGGAUCCUCGACCGCACCCGCUCCUACCUCCUCCUCCGAUGAAGUCUCCUUGAUGGGAUAUAUCAAGGAUAUUCCAGCCCUCAAAGGGGACAACUACAAUGGAUGGAAGGAAAAGAUUAACCUGGCCUUCAUCUUGGCUGAGGUCGACUGGGUCACCUACACACCAUGUCCCACUGAGCCAGUGGAACCGGUGAGGGGAGCUGAAGAGACUGAUGCUGCAUGGGCAACAAGAGAAGCAAAGUAUGCAAGUGACAGAAUGAUAUUUGAUCUUCAAAAGAGACAGUGGGCCACUGCUAACAAGAAAUGUCUAGCAGUGGUAAAGAACACAAUUGAUCCCUCCAUAGUGGGGUCAAUUGGAGAGUGUGACACUAUUACAGAGUACCUUGAGAAAGUAAAGAGUCAGUUUCAUGGCUCUUCAAAGACAUAUGCUACUCAGCUGAUUAAGCAGCUGAUGACAGAAAGGUACUCUGGGUCUAGCAAUGACAAUGGCAUUAGAGAACACAUAUCAAAGAUGAACCAUCUAAACAACAAGUUUAAGCCAAUGGACUUAGAGCUCAAGGAAGAGUUCCUUGUUCAUGUGGUUUUUGCUUCGUUGCCAAAGGAGUUUGACACUUUUGUUGUCAACUACAACAUCCAGCCCGAGAAAUGGAACCCGGAGCGUUGUAUAGCGAUGUGUGUUCAAGAGGAAGAGAGGAUCAAGGCCGCCAAUGGUGGCACCCUCAACUUUGUUAGAGAUAACAAAAGAAAGAAUGUCAAUGCUAAUGCUAGCUCUCCUUCAAAGGCAAAAGGCAAAGCACCCAUGCAUCAGCAGCCCCAGCAGAAAAAGGCCCAACCUCCAGGCAACAAAGAUCUGUGUCACUACUGCCACAAAGAGGGGCAUUACAAGCAUGAUUGCCCUAAAUGGUUAAAGAUGAUAAUGGAAAAGAAUGGGAUUCCGUUCGACGUGGACUACACAAAGAAAAGAAAGACAAAUUAAAGUGGCAAAUGGAGUCCAGGUGGACGUGGAAGCUGUUGGCGAUGUUUCUUUAGAACUUGCUAAUAGUUUUAUCCUUUUGCUUAGAGAUGUUCUUUAUGUUCCGUCUUUACAGAGAAACUUAAUAAGUGUGUCUUGUUUAGACAAUGAUGGU